AUGCUGGCCGCAAGCCCACCAGCCCCACCCAGCUUUCCGCUGCCGCCUGGCCCACCCUGCCCCCCUGCGCCGGUGCCGUUGGUGGCUUCUGCACAGGAUCCUUACCGAGCUGCUUUGCAGCGGAAAGUAGCUGAUGACAUCAUCCAGCGCCUCUCGGCGACUUUGCGCAGAGGUGGGUACCGCCCAGAAGACCUGUUCAGCAAGCUAGAUGCAGAUGGGAGUGGACAUCUAUCCCGACAAGAGUUGCUAAGCAUCAUCUUGCGUUUGGAGCCAGGCUUGUCACCGGCAGAGCAAGACGCCGUUUUUCAGUGCUUCGAUGCUGAUGGAAGUGGCGGUGUCUCUUGGUCUGAGUUCUGGCAGACGAUUCAAGGAGGCGCAGCGAUGGCUUCCCAGCCACUAGCACAGACACUGCCACCGACAGCGUCGGCCAUGCCAUUGGCACCGCUAUCAGGCAUGCCAUUGUCCGCAACAGCGGUUCCAGCACAUGCUGCUGUUCAGACUGGUUUCGACAAAACCAUCCACCCUCAGGAGCUCCAACGACAACGCAUGUUGGCUGAGGAAAUUCUUGGCCGCAUCGCUGCCACGAUCUCGCGCACCGGCCGAAGGCCGCAGGAUUUUUUGCGCGAUGUGCGGGGCACUCUUUUUCGAGCAGAGGUGGAGCAGACCCUCUUCCGCUUCGAGCCAAACCUGACAGCAUACGAGCGGGAUGCAGUCAUGCAACGUUUGGGUGCUGAUGGUCAUGGCAAUGUGGAUGCAACAGAGCUAUGUCGCAUACUAGGAGGCGACUUGUCGCGCACGCUAGAUCCUCGCGCGCUGCCUGCGGAGAUUCCAGUUGGCAUGGCGCCACAGGAGCUACUGCGACAAGUCGCUGCAGAGCUGCGUCGCAGCGGGGUGGAAGCUGCCACCCUCUUCCGGAGCUUGGAUGUUAGCGGUUCCGGACACCUAUCCGCCCAGGACCUCAGCGUGAUGGCGCAGACCUUUUGGCCUGAGUUGACGCAAGACGAGCUUCGGGACUUGUUCCAAACGGUUUGUCGCAACCGGUCAGGCUAUAUUGAGAUGUCGGAGUUUUGUGCAGCACUGGGAUUCGACGAGCGCACAGCGGUUUCCUCUGCGGAGAGUCUCAGGUCUCUCUGCCAGCUGGAGGCGGCCUUGCAGGUGCUGGUGGACAGGGUCCGCAACUCCGUGCUGGAGGCGGGCAUCGAAGUCUUUGAUCUCUUCCAGAAGCUCGAUACGUCGGGCACGGGCUACCUGAGGUAUCAGGAGAUUAGCCUCAUGGCGUACACGUUUGAUUCAGAGCUCACCAGCCAGCAGUUGGAUGCUCUCUUCCGCUACUUUGAUCCACGCGGGUGUGGCAUCGUUGACUUUGAAGGUUUCAAGAGGCGCCUGGGCUUCAUGUCUCGAAAUCACGAGCAGAAGAUGGCCAUGGACCAGGCAGUGAAGCAGCGAAUUGCGGAGGCGGCCCAAACACUUUACGCCAGGGGUUGCAGCGUGCAAGAUGCCUUCGCCAUAUUCGACGCCAACCGCAACGGCUUCCUAGACCAGACGGAAUUUUACCGGCUAUUGGUGGCCUGCGACUGCAAGGUGGGCCUGGAGGAGAGUGACCAAAUCUUUGCCGAGGUCUCCAGGAACGCUGGACGGGUUGACAUCAACGCCUUCGCUCAGGCCUUCGCCAUCAGCCCAGGCCCGGCCACGCGCGCUAUUCCUCGGCAGCCGCAGGUGGAUCAGCGGCGGCGAUUUCAAGCAGCGCAGGUUUGCAGCUGGUUGGAGCCAGCGCUCGUGUCACAGAACCUAGCUUUGGCUGGGCGCGAUCGUCUCAGCCGUCCAGAGUUUGACCGCGUAGCUUUGGCCUUGGAGCCACGGCUGGGCUCGCCAGACCUGGAUCGACUCUGGAGGUUGGCAGGCAACGCGCCAGAGCUGAGCCUCCAGCAGCUGCUGCAGUGCCAGCACCAGGUGUCCAACACCGAUCCAUGGGCAGAAGCGUGCCUGCGACGAAUUGCUCGAAGGCUUGCUCCCGCGCUUAGCAGUCCAGUGAACUUUUUCCAGAGGUUUAACCUCACCGGGUCUGGCUUGCUGUCCUAUGCCGAGUUUGAGCGCAUGGUGCUGGCCCAGGACGGCUCCAUGAGCCGUGAGGAUGUGGGUGCCCUGUGGCGCCUCGCAGAUGCAGACGGAAAUGGGCGCCUGGAUCUCAACGAGUUUGUGGGGCUGCUGCGGCAGGCUCAGCUGGAGGGCAUGACCGCGGCCGCACGGCAGCCUGCGAACAUCUCGGAGCAAGACAUGAUUCUAGAGGCCCGGGUGGCGCAGAUGGAGCGCAGCUUCCGCAACCGGGGCGUUCCAAGCUGA